AUGACCGCCGCUGCUCUCCCCCCCGUGCCGCCUCCCCAAGGGCCAGAGUCCAUCCCGGCCCAUCAUCAUCCACCGCCUCAUCUCAACAUGCCUCCUCUCCCCCGCUUCCACCCCAUCGCCAUCAAUCCUAACCCACCGCCGCCUCUGGCCCCUGACCAUCUGAUUCACGCUCAGCCCUUCCGUCCCUUUGGUCCUCCGCCACCCCUUCACCAGGAGCCUCCGCUGCCGCCCAAUCCCCCGCAACCACCACCACCACCGCCGCCGCCGCAGCCGUCGUCCUCGUCCGCCUCGGUCGCUCCGCUUGUCGGCCAGAUCGAUCACAUCGAGAGCCGGCUGCGGCAAUUGGAGCAUGAAGAGGCGGCCCGUAUGGCGGCUCGCAGCCAUCUGCUGGCCAUCCGCAAGCGAGAAGAUGAGGAGUUUAGACGGGUGACAGAGAGCGCGGAAGCAGAGGAGGAGGACCUCCGCCGGCAACGAAAACGGAUCAAACGCGAGUCAAUGGGCUUAUACAAUGCGGCAAUCGAAUCCCCCCCAAUGCGUCCGACCCCCCCUCGUCGACUGUCCGAGACCAGCGCCGCCACAACCCUCGCCUUUUUCAAGCAACAGAGCCCGCAGGAGCCUCGUCCGGCGGCCUUGCAGGUUCCUCUACCCCCUGCCCCGAUGCCGCCGCAGCAUCCAGAUCCGCAUGUUGGCAGCAUGAAAACUAACACGAACGGCCAUCCUCAUCAUCCUUCUCAUUCCCAUCAUACUUCUCACGCUCCUCCUCACCCUCCUCACGCUCCUCCUCACCCUCCUCACGCUUCUCACGCUUCUCACGCUCCUCCGCCGCCACCGCAUCACCACCAUCAUCUCCACACCACCCUACGCCGGAAGCAAAAAUAUACCAUCAAGAAUGUGGAGGCCUGGGGCGAGCGACACGGCCGACCGGCAUCGCACGACCCGCACGGCCGGGCGCUGUGGAAACGGCCGUCAGACGGCAACCUGGUGUACCUGACGUGUCCUGUGGCCGGGUGUGGCAAGGCAGACUUUGUCACGCUGCACGGCUUCAUGUGCCAUCUCACCAAGAAGCACAAGGACCGCAGUCUGGGCAGCCAGUCGCGCGCCCUCGAGGUCUGCGGCGUGGUCUUUGAUGCCGCCGCGCCGCUGGCCCCGGCUCCCACCCCGCCGCGCGCCUCCACGGAGGAUAGUCGGCUGGAGUCGACGGCGGAUGGGUACCAGCAAGAACUUGACUAUUCGUCCGGCAGCGAAUACUCCGUCAAGGCCGAGCCGGAGACUACUUCCACCACCACCACCACCACCACCAGCAGCACUGUUCCUGUCGCAGAGUGUGAGCCCAUUGCCUCUGCCCCCAUAGUCUCUGCCACCGAGUCUACUAGUCAGCCCGGCACCAGUACGGCUGUCCGAUCACCAUCGACGAAACACAGCAUCUCAUCCAUCAUCGACCCCGAACGCCCGGAGAAAGACAGUACAGAUAAUAAUUAA